GUUAGGCCGAACACCUGAGUUUCUCAUAUAUGGACAUGGGCAGCAGAGAAGAGCUGUCAUUGAAGCAGUUCGCUUACUGGAUGAUAAGAAAAAGGAACCUCGUGACGAGCUUCACCAGCUUAAUGACAUGAAUUCUCCUCAACAUUUUAAGGAGAAAUCAAAGAAAUGGUUAAAAUUUGUAACUCAAGCUAAGGCUGCAGGACGGACACCUGAAGACUACAAAAUUGGCAAUGAAACUGGAGCUGCAGUUCUUCAAAACUACAACGAUAUAUUAAAAUCAUGCAAUGCUUUGGAUUACCAUGACUUGAUCAGUUGUUCUGUCAAGCUCUUGACUGAUUUUCCAGAAGUUUUUGAAGAGUGCCAGGAAAUAUGGAAAGCAAUAGUGAUUGAUGAGUUUCAAGACACAAGUGCCAUGCAAUAUGGACUUUUACGUACCCUUGCAUCGCAUAAACGCAUAACUAUUGUUGGUGACGAAGAUCAGUCCAUUUUUGGUUUUAGUGGUGCUGAUGCCUCUGGAUUUGAUUCAUUUCGGAAAGAUUUUCCUUUGCACAAAGAGGUCAGACUAAGUAAAAAUUACCGGUCCACACGUUGCAUUGUUGAAGCUGCAUCAUAUCUCAUACAAAAUAAUUCAAAAAGGUGCCAAUCAAAGCGUGUUCUUACUGAUAAUCCUGUUGGGUCUAAGAUAACUAUCAAAGAAUGCUGCAAUGAGGAUGCACAAUGUUCGUUUGUUGUUGAUAAAAUAUUAGAAAUUACUUCUAAUAGCACAACUGGCAAGUCCUCUUUCGGCGACAUAGCAGUUCUAUUCCGGAGGCAGGUGUCAGGAAAAAUCUUUCAGGAGGCAUUUCGUAAUAGAAAAAUCCAAUUCAAUGUUCAUGGUGUGGCCUUCUAUAGGAAAAAGGUGGUCAGGGCCAUCAUUUCUAUGCUUAGAACAACUUUGCCUGGUUCUGAUGAUGGUUCAUUUCGAAGAGUAUUGAAGGCCCUACUGCCUUCAGAGAAAGAAGAAAAAAAGAAGGUAAUUGAACACAUUGAUAAAGUUUCUACCAUAAGGAAAAGUAGUUUCAUUUCAGCAGCACAAGACAUAUUCAGUGCUAAAGUAUCUGGGACAUUCAAGAGGAGUCAACUCACCCAAGGACGGAAGGUGUUGCUCAUGAUAGACAUGAUCUCGAAACUCGUCAACCGGGAAGAGUCAAUUUCAGCUGUCAUUACUUCAGUGGCUAACAUGAUACCCCAGAAGUACCUUCUUGAACAACGGGCAGUUCAUGAUAAUGAUGGAGGGAAGUUGCUUAAUGAAGAUCAUGAUGUUAGAUCUGUUCUUCAAUAUCUACUGGAUGAUGUGUCUGAUUUUCUAAAAACUCAUAACAACCCCAUAAAAGGAGAAACUGAGUGCAAAACAGAAGGACAAGGUUGCGCCAACAUACUGAAAGCUUUUAUCGAUCAUAUAUCUGAACGGGAGAAUGAAAAUUUUCGUACAAGGAGACAUGAUAACAAAGACUCUGUUACACUCACGACAAUUCAUCAGUCAAAAGGCUUAGAGUGGGAUACAGUUUUCAUAGUGAAGGCAAAUGAAUCAGAUAUUCCCUUGUUACACGAAUUUAAUGGCAUCACAAAUGAAAGGAGUAACUCAAUUGAGGAGGAGAGACGCUUGCUAUAUGUGGCAAUGACUCGUGCACGGAAAAAGCUUUUCAUUUUGUAUGUAAUUAUGGAUUCAAAUUGGCAGGUUCUUCAACCUUCACGUUUUCUGAGAGAAAUUCCUCGUCAUCUUCAAGAGACCCAGGAAGAGCUGACCAAUCACCUAAAGCUCCAGGAGGAAACUCCUCAGAGUGGUUCAGCUGAAAAGGUGGAAUCCCUUGAUCAUAAAAUAACGCUAGAUGAUCCUCUCAUUGAUCCGGUUGACGGAAUGUCCAAAGAGUCAAUUGACACAAUGGAGCUGUACAAUUCCAAAAGCUUCCUGAAAAGAUUUAAUGCGGAAGACCGAGCAGUUGUAUCUCAUUUGUUCCAUCAAUGGGCCAAAAAGCCUGCAUUUCAGGAACCACAGAGGUUGCUUAAGAAGGUAGGUUUUGUCAUUGAUGAGCGCCUUAGAGUCAAGAAGAGCACUCACAAGGAUGUUUUACGUGCCUUAAAGUCCUCAUUAACUUGUGAGGAAGCUCUACAUUAUGCUGAAUCUGUGUUGAACUGGGAGAAAAUUCCUGCUGAGAAGCGUGCUUACUUGAUGAGAGAGAAACAGGAGUACUUUCAGAAACUGCGGAUUGAAAGUGCAAUGGGUUCAUCAGAACCAACUCCCAAACAGCUCGCAUAUCUUCAGAGUCUAGGAUGCACUAUGGUUCCUACAUCCCGUCUCCAUGCGUCCCGACUGAUUGAGGAAUAUAAAUCGCUGUAAAUGAGAUUGAGACUUGAAGAGAAAAUUCCUUCCUGAGAUACUACAGCAGUGUCAUCGUUGGUAGCACCAUCAUCAGCAGGUUGGCAGGGAAUCAAGGUUCCAUGCCUACGGG